GUGCCUCGGCCUCCUCCCCGCCCCUUGUAUUUGCGGGCUUUGCAGCGGGGCGCUUAUUUUAGGGGGAGCUGAUGAGCCUUUGAUCGGAAUGGCUGCAGAGCCGGGCGCCAGGCAAAAUGCCCCAUCGCCCAUGGGGCCAGAAACAUCUGAGAACAUCUCAUGCAUCCUUCGCAUUGGAAAAGCCCUGCUCCUUGGGUUUAUCAAAACUCUCUGGGAGCAACACACAACUUCCCACCCCCAAAAAACCUCAGUGGAACAACCUGGCAGGGAGAUUGUACUAAGUGAGGAAGAUGUGCCAGAUUCUGCCCAGGUCGCCCCCCUGAGGGAGUGCAUGCUCCAUAUAUGGCGGGAGCUCAGCAACAAUCAGGAAAUCACUAGCAUGGUAGAAAGUGUCACUGGUAACGACCCACUGAAAAUCCUGGCGGAGGUGGCUGAAUCCUUGUUUGCUACUAGAAUCAACUGGGGACGGAUCGUGGUCUUCUUCUACUUUGCAUAUAGAGUCAUUGCCCAGUCCUCUCAGAGUUGGUUCAACCGUGUGAUAGACUGGGCCAUGGCCUUCCUACAGAACCGGCUGGCUGCUUGGAUUCAGCAGCAGGGGGGCUGGAUCAAAGAUGGAGCCUGGUAUACUUUCAGAGGUUUUGGCCUACAGCUCCUCUUGGCACUCUGGCAUGGGCUGAUACUGCGAUUUUAAUCUACAUCCCUUUUUCAAGUUAGAACUGUGGAGAGCGAGCAUGGAACAGCUUUGACAGUACCAUACAAUGCACUUGUGCUCCUGCAGUACGGAGGACCAAAAAGCCUUCAGCAACCCUCUGGGUGGAUUUUACUAUCAUCAAAAUAAGAAGGAAGUAAAGUGAAACUCCCAAAUUGUUUUCUUUCUGUCUUGUGUUCCUGUGGGUGUAGAACAACUUUCUGCAGCGUGGACUUCUCCAGAAUGUAAUAAAUUCACCAUUGUACAAGA